AUGAGGCUGUUCUGGUUAGCAGUCGCAUCGCUGGAUCAUCUAUUGACCUUCGAGGAACAAUUGCGUUACGCCAGCAAGAAAUCAGGGAAGACUGUAGUUGCGUUAACUGGCAUGAUGUCUAAUAUUGGAGGAGCCAACCCACCGAGGAGGCUGUUGCUAGCCAGAGUGUGUUCAUAUAUUUUGCUGUACGCAGCACCAGUUUGGACAAACACCCUUAAUAUUCAGGCAUAUAAGAGAAAAUUAUCUUCAGCGUAUUGUCUGAGCGCGUUAAGAGUUGCUAGCGCAAUGCGAACAACGUCAGACGAAGCAGCUUUCCUAGUCGCGCAAAUGGUGCCCAUUGCGAAGAUUAUGCAACUGGAAAGCACGCAGUGA